CUGAAUUGCGAGCGCAGAGAUCUGCUCGCACUGCGUUCGACAACAACCAACCGUUUGAUUGCCUUGCCUUGCGUACGGUGAAUAAGUGUCGAGUGUGGAGUUUUCCGGCCUACGCAGAAAGCAGCAUCCAUCACGAUAUUUUUUCCCAACAUAUGUAUUUCGGACGGCAGCGGUUAAGAUCCUGAUUAUGAAAUAAUAUCACAGUGAAUGAUUAGGCAGAUUUUUGGAAACUUGUCCUGUCAUGUCAACGAUAACAAGUUGAUAAAGAUACCGAACCUGAAUUAUACUGACUCCACAGCAAUGUCUCCCACAAUAACCUGCGGAAUUCUAACAGUUAGCGAUUCCUGUUAUAAAAAGGAGAAGGAGGAUACUUCCGGCAAAGAAUUAGAGCGUGCUUUCAGGCGAGCUUUUCCCAGUUUUAAAGUUACCCACAAAGACAUAAUCCCCGACGAUCGUGACAAAAUAAUCAAUACACUCAACAAAUGGGUCGAAGACCAGUGCAACAUCGUUCUAACCACUGGCGGUACCGGCUUUUCUCCCAGAGACGUAACCCCGGAAGCAACACGCGCUGUAAUCGAAAAGGAAGCACCAGGGAUUGCUUACGCCAUGAUUACCAAAAGUCUAGCCAUCACUCCUAUGGCGAUGCUUUCGCGAGCUGUCGCCGGCAUCAAAGCCCAAUCAUUGAUCGUGAACCUCCCGGGGAGUGCGAAGGGGGCAGUUGAGUGUUUCUCUUUCAUCCAGGAGUGUAUCCCCCACGCUUUGGCUCUAAUAACAGACAAUAAGACUGAAGUUACGAAAAAACACAGAGAAGUCCAGAAGAGGGUGAGCUUUGUUGACGGCUGCGGUCCGAGCAAAGUUAUUACAGACAAUGUGGCGGAGAGGCCGAGGGAAUCUACUUAUGCCAUGUUGGAGGUUGAUGAAGCGUUUGAGUUGGUUUUGAAGGAAAGUGAAAUUCGUGUCGAGACGGAACGACUGGCGGUCGAAAACGCACUUUUCCGGGUCUUGGCCGAAGACGUAUUGGCUUAUGAUGACGUUCCGCCGUUUGAUGCGUCCGUCAAAGACGGCUAUGCUGUGCUGGCAUCCGACGGUGAAGGGCCCCGGAGGGUGCGAACUGCUCUGGGAGCUGGAGACGCUCCCCACACUUCCCCCUUGCAACCUGGCGAGGCAAUCCGUAUUGGCACCGGCGCUCCGAUCCCCCCAGGAGCUGACGCGGUCGUUCAAGUUGAAGAUACGAGCGUUUUGAGGAAAAGCAAAGGCGAAGAAAUCGAAAUUAACGUUAACAAAGCGCCGGUCAAAGGUCAGGAUAUCAGACGUAUGGGAUGCGAUGUUGCUAAAAAUACCGUGGUUUUGAUGAACGGCGAACGUUUGAAAGCUCCACAUGUUGGAGUUUUGGCAGCUGUGGGAAAAUCAACAGUUACAGUCUAUAAACCAGUUUCCGUUGGAAUUUUUACAACGGGGAACGAAUUGAAAGAGCAUUACGAGGAGUUGCGACCUGGCCAAAUCCGCGACAGCAACAGGCUCGCCUUAAUUAAUCUUCUGAAAGAAUGCCACUACGAGUGUGACGAUUACGGGAUAAUCAGAGAUGACCCGGACACCAUCAAAAAGGCCAUCGCUACCGCUUUGACAAUCAAUGACAUCCUAAUUACAACAGGGGGAGUGUCGAUGGGGGAAUUCGACUUUAUAAAAAGAGUGCUAAUUGAAGACUUCAACGCGACUGUGCAUUUCGGUCGCGUCAACAUGAAACCAGGAAAACCCACAACGUUUGCCACUUUAAGCCACGAAGGUGCAAAGAAGAUUGUUUUCGGAUUACCAGGAAAUCCGGUGUCGGCUAGUGUAACAUGUUUAUUGUUCGUAAUUCCACUGUUACGUCACUUGGAAGGUGCGAAUGUGUGGCAGUGGCCAACCAUUCCCUAUGUUGUGUCCGUCAAAAAGCAGAGCACCGAUGCACGGCCUGAGUACGUCAGAGCUGUGGUUUCGUACCUCCACGGGAAAAUUGUGGCUGAGCCUAAUGGGGGGCAAAUUAGCAGCCGAUUGAACAGCUUAGUCGGCGCUAAUGGCUUAAUUUUAAUGCCGCCGUCGAUGAUACCCACGAGGGAGUAUCUUUCGCACAUUAUUCUUAUCGGGAAUCUACAAACGUAGUAAUUUUGCAUCGGUUUUGUUGGUUUUUGGCAAGGGUUUUUUGUACUUUUGUAAUGAUUUCCUAUUUUUUUUUUGAAUAAACUUUUUUUGCAUGCGA